GGGAGAGAGCAGGGCUCGAGAAGACGCGGUGCGGACGGCGGGCGCUACAACUGCGGGACGCGAGCUCGGCUGGACGUCUAUCCUCUCCGCCCUCCCUUCCCAGAGAAGCCAGUGCGGGAGAGACCAGAAUGAGUGGAAUACCGUCUUAAAUAAGUCAAAAAUCUAUUAUAACAUUUAUUAAAUACUACUUAAAUGAAGAAAGAUAAAAAAGCCUGCAAAAUUUCAACCAGUAAUUACCCUCUUCAGACACUGGGGAAUAUGUCCCUCAAUUCAAGUCGACCUUCCUCAUCCGAGUUGGUGGAGCUUCAUGUUUUUUAUGUUCCUGAAGGAUCAUGGAACUAUGAGUUAAAUACAAUUUCAAGAGAAGUUAUUAACAAGUUCAUUUCAGCUGGAUUUAUAAGAGUAUCUCCUCACCUUACUUUACAAGCCCUGAGGGUGCAUCUCGGUGAGUUCCUUGGUGAAGAUGCUGUUGCAGAAAAAUUUUUAUUUCUGAAAUGCAUUGGAAAUAAUCUAGCUGUAGUGAAGACAAAGCAAGAAUCAGAACUGAAGCUCAAAUCAUUUGCUCCUCCUUAUGCUCUUCAACCAGAAUUAUAUUUGCUUCCUAUAAUGGAUCAUUUAGGAAAUAUUUAUUCAGCGUCAUCAACAGUUUCUUUAGAUGGGCACCAGAUUAAUAAUGGUGUUACUGAGGCUGAUGGAAUAAUACACAGUAUAACUUUGUCAAAGGAAGAACCUGGAACAGAUCCCAGUUUUUUAGAAAACACUUUGAAAGAGCUUCUUAACAAGAAUCAGAAAGAAGCUGGGGGAAAAGCCGCUCCAAAUGACAAUCAGACUAGAAAAAAUCAGAUUGGAAAUUCUGAAUUGCCAGGAUCACCAGAAGAUUCAGAUAAUGAUUAUUUUAGUGGCAAAACAAGUCAGUUUCUUUGGAAAAAUGAAGAUGAUAGAGUUAAUAUUAAAAGAGAGUACAAUCAGCUAGGUAAAAUUGAGAGCAUCACCCUGCCAAAUCUUACUGAUUUUCCUUCAGUUCCUUGUCAACCUGCUUGUUCUCCAGGAACAACUGAUAGAUCUUUAUUACAGAUCGAGAGAAAGAAGAUUAUUGAGCAAAUGAAACAAGUAAAGGAAGAAAGAAGAUAUCUGGAAAGAAUUGGAGAAGAACUAAUAAAAAAAGUUGAAAGGCUAUUUGAACAAAGCAAAUUAAAACAAUAUCAUGCCUGUGAUGUUUGGAAGAAAAAGUACUUUGAAACAAAGAAAGUUACAGCAUCAUUGGAGGAAGUUUUAACAAAACUUCGAGAAGAUUUGGAACUUUACUAUAAAAAGUUGCUCAUGCAGCUUGAAGCCAGGGAGAUCAAGAUGAUACCAAAGAAUCUGGCAAACAUCACAGACUCUAAGAAUUACCUUAUCAUCCAGAUUACUGAGGUACAGCAUGCUAUUGACCAACUUAAGAGAAAACUGGCUACUGACAAAAUGAGACUUAUAAUAGAAAUUAAGAUGAGAAAACAAGCAGUUUCAGAUUUACGCACAUUGAAAGCUGAACUGACACAGAAGAAGUUUAAUACGUCUUUACAAUCUCAAUAAGUUCCUGGAAAUGGACCCAGUUAAGAGCUCAACAGCUGAUUUUGUUUAUGACAAAUCAGUCAAAUCAGCAGGUAAUGGCAAUGGACAAAGAAAACACCUCCUUUUCUAGGUCUUACAGAAUUGAUUCUAAUUAUUGGGUCUGGACCCCAUGGGUAACUUACGCACACACCUGAUUAAGGACCACAAACUAGAAACUGGUCUUAGGCUCACCUUCCACCCUAUAAAAUUCUUCUCCACAGCAUCACUUGCCUCUAUCUAGUGCGAAACAGUCUCUUUUAGAAAGUAUGUAAGCUAUUGGAUAAAGGAUAAAAGAAAGAGGAAACGUACAGAAUUAGGCAAAACAGUAAAGGGAGGGGAAAAGAUAGGAAAUAAAAAAUAGAAUGACCUGUGAUUUGAAAUGAUUUACUGAUUUUUUAUAUACAUCUAGGGAACUCUUUAAAGACAAUUACCAAUGAAUGCCAGUAAUGUUUUCAUUUAUUGAAAAACAUCGGCAUUAAAACGCUGGAAUUAGAAUUAUCUCCUAAGAUGACUGCUUUGAAGGACAAUAGUUACUUGGUAAAUGAAUAUGCUGUGGCAUAUUUAAGUAGAUGGUAGACUCAAUUACAUAUAUCUUAUACUAUACCUUAUAUUCCAGUCUUUAAAAAUCUUUAUAAAAGAUUUCUGCAUGGUUGAAAAGGCCGUGCAUGUUCUAGUAGUAAUUAUAAUUCAAUAUUGAAAGGUACCUUGCAAAACCUAAACCUAAAUAUAGAAAGAUUUAUUUUUACAGAGUCAGGGGCAAACCCAAAGGCAUAUACCUUGGAAUUUUGCCAUCAGCCUAGCACUUUGAGCCUUUUUGAUACAUUAAGAAAUUUCAAAUGCCUCAAAUAGUGAAGAAUCAAAGGAUAAAAAGCUGAGUAUAUGUAAGUUUGAUAUAUGCAUGGUUAAGGAAUAUCUGUCUCCAAGAAUAUUGAGUACAGGAUGAAGCUGCUGUUGCAGAGACAGUAUAAGAAAGCAGAAUGAUCCUCUUCAGUUAAAAUAGAAACUUGAUUUGGGUUGCUGUGGAAUUUCACAGUGAAUAAAAAGAGAAACAAAAUGAUUAAAACAAAAUGGUUGUCCAAAGUACUGUUAAAUGAAUGGUUUCCAAGGCUCAUCCAAAUGUUUCCUGAGUUCUAAAAUCUUAAAGAAUAUGUCUUCUUAUGCAUUAAGGAAAAAGUAAGUCAGGAGUUCAAAAAAAAAAAAAAAACCAGGACGUUAUAGUGUAAACUAUUUAUUCUAAAUUAUAUAUGUCUAAACUGUAUAAUUGGUUACAUAAAGCCUUUACCAAACUGAUAUCCAUGAAACACUCUUCCCCCUGCAUGUUUCUAAGAGUGCUAGGAAACAGGGUUCUGUGUUAAACAAUUAAAUGGCUCUGUAUACUGUUAGUGCUUCUCAACUCUUUGAAUAUAAUGUUGUAUACUAUAAAUCCCCAAGGGGAAUUUAUAGUAUGUAGUGUUUUCCAAAUAUAUUUGGCCAUGGUACAUGUGUGUGUGUUUGUGUGUACCUGGGGUGGGUGUUUUAGUAUAUUCCUUUUAAAUUGUAUUUUGUUUAAAAAUCUUUUUAAUAUUUUUAUAUAAUUUAUAAAAGUUUGUUUCCAUUACAGUUACUACAAACUAUUGGCUAUACUCCCUGAGCUAUAGAAUACACCCCUGAGGCUAGUUUAACCCAAGAGUUUGUACCUCCCACUCCCUGACCCCUUUAUCACUCCUCUCCCCAUUCCCACUAGUAACCGUGUGUGUGUGUGUGUGUGUGUGUGGUCAACAGUUUCCAGAACAGAGUUCUAAAAAAUACUGUUUGGUAAAGGCAGGAUCACAGUAUACCCAAGUUUAAUUAAUAAGUUUAUACUUUAGAUUUUAAAGUUUAGAAAAUUGAUAUACAGGCAUGUACAUGUAUAUCAACUGUAAUUUAUUAAAUAUGUAUAUUUGCAGUCAUUUUUUUAUAAAUGUGUAAGAAUAAAUAGGAAUUCUUGCUGGAAUGAACGUUCAUCAUAUCACUUUAGGGUUCCUUUAAUUGUAAUAUAAUUCAAGGUAAAUUCAAAGAUAGUUUGUACUUAAGAUUUUUAAGGUGUGAAAAUAUAGCUUUUCUUUGACCCUUUGGUGUGGCAAUUCAUAUCAAAUACUAUCUGACAGAAUUGCUAGUCAUUUAAUCUAUUUCUUCAAGUUUCUGUUUGUAAUAUUUUUCUGUCUCUAAUUUUUAAUAUUGCUUACAAUUUGUCUAAUAUCACACGGUUUAUACUGUAGAAUAAAUUUGAAAUGAUACCAUU